CUGACAUAUGAAAAAUAUGGGUGGAAUACAUUUUAAUUUUACUCCAGAUUAAAUAUGUUCUAUCCUAUAAAUCCCUCUAAGCUGCAUGAAAUUAUGCAAUAGAAGUAUCCACAGUGUUAGUGCAAUAAGAUGACAACCACUCUCAUGCAAAAAACAUGCUGAUUAUUGCAGUCUUGUUGUCAAAAUAUAAAAUCCCAAAAUGCCCCAGUUAGUGAACCUGCCCUAAGUCAAGUGUGGUCCACACAGCACUGUCUCUGAAGGGCUAAAUGUCAUAAUGCUGCAAGGUACAUAUGCCCUUGAGAAUAUUGACUCCCAAGGUAUAGAAAGAAAUUAUGCACAGCCUCUGCCAAGUUCAGAACAUAGUGGAUUGUGUGUAUGUGUGUGUCUCUGUGUGUCCAUGCAUGUGCAUGCUUGCCACUGGUGUACACGUGCGUGUUCACCUGCACAUGCAUGCACGAGGGUGUGUGACUUUGCAGCAGGGACAAAUGAGGCUGAGGGGGAUGGAGAUGCCGGAGGUGUUGGUGAUGUGACAAAACAGUUGGAGCAGCAAACACUGGAGGACAAAGAGAGGGAGGAAGAUGGAGAAGAAGAUGGGGAAGAGGGGGAGAACUCAACUGGAAAGAAGAAGAAGAAGAAAAAGAAGAAGAAAGGAUUGAAGGGACAGACUGACCCUCCCUCAGUUCCUAUUUGUGAGCUCUAUCCCAACGGAGACUUUCCAAAGGGAGAGGAGUGUGAAUAUCCCCCAUCAAAAGACGGGCGCAGCGCAGCGUGGCGGACCACCAGUGAGGAGAAGCGGGCGCUGGACAUGGCCAAUGAGGAGAUGUGGAGUGAUUUCAGGCAGGCAGCUGAGGCACACCGGCAGGUCCGCUCCUACGUCAGGAGCUGGAUCAAACCAGGGAUGACUAUGAUUGACAUAUGCGAGAAGCUGGAAGACUGCUCCAGGAGGCUCAUCAAAGAAAACGGGCUAAAGGCAGGCCUGGCCUUCCCCACUGGCUGCUCCAUCAACCACUGUGCUGCCCACUACACCCCCAAUGCAGGAGACCCCACCGUGCUACGCUACGAUGAUGUCUGCAAAAUUGACUUUGGAACACACAUCAAUGGUCGGAUAAUAGACUGUGCCUUCACCGUCACUUUCAAUCCAAAGUAUGACAGGCUGCUGGAGGCUGUGAGGGAUGCAACUAACACUGGCAUCAAGUUUGCAGGAAUUGAUGUGCGCCUUUGUGAUGUUGGCGAGACCAUUCAGGAGGUCAUGGAGUCCUAUGAAGUGGAGAUAGAUGGGAAAACAUAUCAAGUGAAGCCUAUCAGGAAUCUCAAUGGCCACUCUAUUGGACAAUACAGGAUACACUCAGGAAAGACCGUCCCUAUUGUAAAAGGUGGAGAGGCCACGAGGAUGGAGGAAGGUGAAGCUUAUGCCAUUGAGACAUUUGGCAGCACAGGAAGAGGUGCAGUCCACGAUGAUAUGGAGUGCUCACAUUACAUGAAAAACUUCAAUGUGGGACACGUGCCAAUAAGACUUCCAAGGGCUAAACAUCUGCUCAAUGUGAUCAAUGAAAACUUUGGCACCUUGGCAUUCUGCCGCCGCUGGUUGGACCGCCUGGGUGAGAGCAAGUACCUAAUGGCAUUGAAGAAUCUGUGUGACCUUGGCAUCAUAGACCCCUACCCUCCUCUCUGCGACAUCAAGGGCAGCUACACCGCCCAGUACGAGCACACCAUCCUACUCAGGCCCACCUACAAGGAGGUAGUGAGCCGGGGAGACGACUACUAAGCAUGCCUCAAAACUCAAAGCAAACCAGCAGGAGCAUGACAGCUCAGAGACAACAAACCUCUUCAGACCGAUAGCAAUUAUGCAAUAUUUCUCUGACCUAAAUUUCCACUGCUUGAGUACCUUUAGGUAAUCAUUUUAGCAAGAGCAAGAGACUUGUGUCAUGGCAGUAGCUUACUAGUUUUUUUUUCCAAAGGUCAAAGCCAAUAGAUAAAAGGGCAUAUCUUAUAUAACAUAUGUAGUGUUGUCAUUUUAGUUAUAUUUUGAUGUGCUGCUUUUAGAAAAUAUGCAAAAGAAAUAUAUGCAAAAGAUCCUGCAAAAAAGGUUUUGGUGAACAAAAACGCUUUGCUUCAUUGCCUUGUUAAGACCUUGUGAGG